GGCUUUUUUUCUUGCCACUUCCUUUUGACAGGCUAGGAGCCAAAAUCCUCAGGUGAAAUUGCUGAUGGGGGUUUGAGAGAGGUGGAAAUGGAUCCUGCAUCAGAAGCAGAAGUCUCAGCUGCUGAGGGUGCUCCAGAUGCUCCUGCUGAUUCAAGAAAUGUUUGUACAGUGGCCAGGAGACUUGAAGGAAACGAUGAGCUUGGGAAUAGUGACAGAAUUCUACUGAACAGUCCUGAUGGAAACCCCAUUACGUCAGGACAGUCAUUACAGUCAACUUCAGCAAACACAGAGAUGGAGAAUCAGACUGAUCCUGUUGAGGUUCCAGACAGAGCACUGCAACCUUCUCACAGCAAUCAAGGAAAUAUAGAAGGUGAACCUCCAGCUGAUGAGGGAGUGAGACAGUUGGAAAUGGAGACUGUGUCAGAAGCAGAUGCUUCAGCUGCUAAGGGUGCUCCAAGUGCCCCUGCUGAUUCAGCAAACAUAUGUACAGAAAACCCCGUAACAUCGCGACAGCCGGUAGCAUCAACUUCAACAGAGAGAGUGAUGGAGAUUCAUCACGAGACUAACCCUACAGAAGGUCCAAAGAAAGAGCGACAGCCUGCAAAAGGCAAACAGGGAAACACAGCAGAAAUGUACACAGAAACGAGCAUUCCAUCUGAGAGAAUUUCACUGCGUGAACAGUGUAAUUCAGAUGAUGAAUAUGUGGAUGUUUCUGAAGACCUAAAUGACCACGACAUUGUGAUAAAAGAAAAAGGCGGUCUACAAAAUGAUACCAGGGAUAAAAACAUUUGUGUGAAAUUUUGUGCUGUCCUACGGAAGGAAUUCCUUGUGGAGAACAACAAGUUGCACUUCAUUGAAAGCAAUGGAAAAAAAUUUUCAAUGCAGCCUGUAAGGUCUGAUGGAGAGGACUUGAUAUUUACACUUGAGCUCAGAAUGAGUAGAGCAGUUGCUGAUGGUCUCUCCUACACAUAUUGUCUUACAAUCAAUGACAAAGACUACUUUGAAACCCUUACAGUAGGAAGGACCACUUACAAUUACAGAAGACUGCACAGGAAAACCUCAGAGUCAGACAAAGUCUUUCAUCAAUUUGAUGACGUAUGCCUGCCAUUUUCAAUAUUGAGCUGGUGGGCAACAUGGAAAUCCACAGAGAUUGACAAAAUCCGCAGAAAAUUCAUUCAGAUAACUUUAAUUCACCUAAUAGACUGCACCAACAAGGAUUUAAGUGAAAUGCAAAAAACAAUUACUUUUUUCAUCGAUUGUAUACAACUACGAGUGGUGCACCUUGACAUUACUUUAAGGCUAACACAGUCCUUGGAAUCAAUCAAAAUGGAACUGAACAGUGCAUUUAAGGAAGCAGUCGAGAGUCUGAAAGUUAAUGUACCCGUACAGAUUGUUCUUGCAGCUGCAGUUUUUGCAGACCGUCUUCCCAUCACGCUUGAAAAAUUAUCGGUUGAAAAACUAUCUGAAAUUGUCAAACGAAAUGGUGAACUGCGAGGUACACUCAUGAGUUUAGAUGACACAGUGAGAAGUACAGUUUCCAGCUCUGUAGCAUAUAUCUUCCGCUGGGCCUGUGGAGUCCAGUCAGCAAAAGGAGCCAUUUGGACAAUGGCAUUGUUUUAUGCUGUGUCUCCAAGAGAACAUGAUAAACGACUGAGUUUUAGCACUGAAAAUAUACCAUGGGCAAAGGCACAAAGCGACUUUGCUGAGAUGGUCAGGACACAUUCUGAGGAGAUAAAGAAAAACAAGGCAUUUGCCUCCAGUGUUUUGGACAUGUUUUCUGUAAAACAUGGUGACAUUAGACUCUUAUCUAAUCUGAGCAUCACUCCACACCAGUUUCUAACUCAGCUAUCCCAAUGGCAGCAACAGUGCCCAUUUCAUAAACUGCAAAAUGCUAUCUCAGGGGUAGCUGUUGAAAUCAAGCAGUGGUUUCACAUGAGCUCAGCUUCAGGAACUGUGAAAAAGGAGAUACACUCCUGUGCAGUGCUGAUGAUAAAAAUUUUGGAACAUUCUACAAAAGUAAAUGACUGGACAAAGCAUCGGGAAAAUGCUUACUCAUCGCUACAACUGUUGAAUUCACUCAGUGGCUGUCUGGACUGUGUCUCAGAUGACAAGGAUUUGAAGAAACUGAGCAGCUCUGUUAUGCCAAAUAUAAGGCAGAAAAUGGCAGAAUGUGUUAGAAGCAAUUGGAAUUCUGGCAGAAAACUGGUGAUUCAGGAAUGGACUCAACUGUUUGAUCUCCGGCUACCAGAUAUUUGGCAAACAGAGUGGGAGGAACAGUUAAAGAGUCUCUUCAAAGAGAAACUCAAAAAAGAAAGUGAAGCCAUGCAAGUGACACUCUACUGUGAGAAUUCUCGCGUUUGUCCAGCAAUGAAUGACUGCCUGUUAAAUUGUGCUUUAGAUGCCAUUAACACAGUGUACAGAAGCAAGACUACCCGGCUGAGAGGUCAGCGUACUUUGGGAGAUCAUCAGAAGAUAAUGAUGAAGUGCCAUCAAUCUGGAAAACUGGUGUCUUGCAUUUUUGAAAACAAACUGUGGGAUCCAAAGACUGUGAAUCACAAAGACUACCUCCUCUACCUUCUGUUUGAUGAAGAACUUAAGGAUCUUUUUUUAAUGCUUGAGAAACAAAAGCAGACACACAAAGACUAUGUGGCGCACCUCUCAGCAAAAGCCCAGAAGCUAAUAGAGGGAGCUUACAUGUUGAUGGAGCAGUUGAUUGAGGAGAUUGUGAACAAGUCAAUACCAUGCAACCUAAUGAAAGACAUAAUUGAAAGGAAACAAUAUGUCAACAGUGACAUACUAGGGCGAAACAAAGACAGAUGGAAAAAUGGAUUAGAAGAUGCAGAAGAAGAUUUUCAUUCAUUUGAAGAAAGGAAAAGAAAAGUAAGGGCACUCUAUGAUCUCAGCCAAGGCAUGUCAGUUGACAUGAAACUGCUGGACUCUACUUUAAAAAUAGACUUGGCCAGGGAGGAACGUUCACUGAAAACUGUUAAGAAUAUGUUGAUCAGUGAAGAACCUGAAUCAGACAGUGAUAGUGACACCUAUUUAAUCAAUAUUCAGAUGUUUGAAAAGAUUGAUGUGUUAUCAAAAAGCACACACUUCAAAGAAAUGUGGAGGGAGACCACAAAACAAGUCAAGGACACUGACUUUGAAAAUGUCACAUUCAUUCCAUUGGACCAAGUACACCGCAGAAUUUUCAAACCCACAUUUGAAGAAUAUAGAAAAUCUUAUGAAGGACUGAAGGAUCUCUCAAUAAGUCUGAGUGACCUGGAAGAUAAAUUUGGCAAAUUCAUUAAGAACAGCAUGCAAAAGGAGCUGAAGACAAUGGCAGCUGUUUUCAGUGAAGAAGCCAAGCCUACCUGGAUUGAAAGAACAUAUGCACACAUCAAACGCUACAGAGAGCUUCAGUCUGUGGAAGAAAAUGCAAACGUGAUCCGUGUCUUAAAAGAUCACCUGGGUCUUUGUGGACACUUUGGAGGCAUUGAUGAUCUUGGGCAAAAGGACCACAAGUGCUUGCGUGAUCUCACUGAAGAUGUGUGCAGAGUUGGAGAAACUGUGAAGAAUAUUCCAACACAUGUAAUCUCUUUUCUGAAAGAAUUUGAUAAAUGUGUCACAAGAGGAUUCAUCACCUGGAUUAAAGAGAUCAUAAAAGACACUGGAGAGCUAACUGCAUUUGUGGAGCUUGCAUCUAUUUCUGCUGGAGAGAAUGCCAUGGACAUUGGAAAAGUGUGCUGCUUCAGAGAUGCAAUAUCUGCCUGUACACCAUUAAUAUAUCAGCUCACUGAGAAAUCUGGAAUUCAGGACCUCUUACAAGCUAUCUCUGAGAUAAAACCAGCUCUAGAAAGUGAUAAAAAGCUUGAAGAUAAACUGAGGGACUCCUGUAAUAACAGUGAGUGGCUCAAGAUAGCCUAUGAGACACAUGGGUCUGUUGAGAGGUCAUCUUUGCGUCAGGCCACGGACAUAAAUGAAAGUGGUAUUUACAUCAUUAAAAGACCAUCUGGAGCACAAUCAAAGGUUACUCUGGAAAACUGCAUCACUUUAAGGUGCAAAGAAAGUUCAUUUGAAGGAAAAGAAGAAAAACACAAAACAUAUAGCUUGGCUGAGCUUAAAGAAUUGCAAAACAAACUAAUGCUAAUUACAGCCAGUGCUGAAAACCGAGAGGAUGAAAUCACGACUUAUGUCGAGGUUUUAGAGCAUGUAAUAAAUGUGGGAAAGUCAUUCCUUGAGCUCCGCGAUGCUGGACAUAUUCUGUUUCAGGACUGGGAGAUGUCAGCAUACUGCCAGCGGAUACAUGAUGUGAAAAUCUGGGUGAAAUUUGAUAUUACGAAUGUGGAAAUCAAAGGACACAGACCACUGCUUGAGGAGUUGAAAGGGCUUUGUGAAAGCAUGAGAGGUUGUCUCUCUGAAUGGUUGAAGUACAUGGAGCAGAAAAGGAACACAUACUAUAACUUGAAUCAUUUCACAGCAAAACAGCUGGUGUAUCUGUGUUGCUCUGUGGCAGCAUCGCAGAAAGAAGAGAAAAUCAGUGCCAAUCUCCUUAACAUGCUGUCCAUCAUGAAAGAAAACAUUGAAGAAACUGAUGUACGGAAUGCACUCACUAAAGCACUCCAAACUCCACUUGAAAGCGGUGGAUCACAAGCAUCACUUGAGCUCAAGAAAUUCCUUAAUGAUUUUCCAGACAUGAUUGAAUAUUUCCUUGAAAGUGGCUUCACUGAGGAAGAGACCAAAGCAGCAAUAAUGUUUUGCGAAGAAGAAAAGCAAGCAUCAGAAGGAUUUGGAGACUCUGAGGUCACUGAGGAGUAUCGAGAUGCAGUAAUGGACUGUAUUUAUACAAAUCAAAAUGAUGAAGAGUGGGUCCAAGAAUGGUGUGAAAAGUAUGAGAAAACAAAAGAUAAUGUUCUUAAAACUCAAAUGAAAUUCAAAGGUGGACAAGCAGCAGAUGAACAGUCGUUUACAUUGACAGAGGAAGAGAUUGCAGCAGUGUUUGAAAACCUGAAAAACUCUGAUGAGAAGAUUGUAAUGCUUUGGAAAACAUACCACAACAAACUUUCAGGACUUGUAUCGGACAAGUUUGUGGACUUGGAUGUGCUGGGGGAAAUGAUGAACCAUCUUGCUAAAUCUUCAGAAGUUACUGUGAAAAGAAAACUGCCAUUCAGCUUGGAGGGGGGUAAUCCUAACCUGAUCUCCUGUAAAGACUUUGAAAUACUUCCACUUUGCCUUUCACUGUACAAUGAUCAUGAACAGCCUCUGCCAACCUAUGAUGAAAUUCUGAUCUGCACACCUGACACGACUGCAGAAGAGGUGGAACUGAUAAUCAGAAGAGCUGUGCAGCCUGGCAGCCCACAUGAGAAAAUCUACUCUUUACUGAAUGCCGACAAACUGAAUCACGAUGUGUCCAGAAAAUUUGAGUCCAUUUUCUACAAGUUAUCUAAAAAUCAAGGAGGCACAUGUUCAAGUGAUUACCGUUUAGUCAUUUUCUGUGACUCAAAGGCUCAUCACAGUUACGUUGCCACUGCUUUUGAUGUUUUUAAAAGAACGAUUGCUGAGAGCCCAAACCGAAAUGAGCAGAUUAAGCAGUAUCUCAGAUACAAGCAUCAAAUAUCCUCUGAAGCUGAGACAGGAUUCACAAAAUUGCACAGCUCUGAGCAAUUUCAGUUGAGGACAAAAGUGGUUUUCUCAGAGCAUGCUGGCAUGGGAAAAUCACUGUAUGUGAAAAACCUCGUCAGAGUAUCUGAAGAGAACCUUAAAAGCGAAGGGUUUACUCACACAACUAUACGGAUAAGUGAGUCACAACUGAGGACUGAAGACAUUGUCAGGAAGCUGCAGCAGUAUGAGGACAGUCCCAUGGACAAAGUCCCAAGAAUCUUUCACUUUGACGUCCCCCCUGUGGUGACUAAAGGACUGUACACAUUCCUUCUCCAGUUGUUUGUUCUGAGAUGUUUCCAGAACCCAGAUGGUUUCAUAUGGAGGUGCAAUGACUCACAUAUUUACUUGGCGGAAUACACAAAAAGAAGGCACAGGGAAUGUGAUCGGCACAGCUCUGAGAUUUCAUCUCAAAUAGAAGACGCAUUUUUGGAAAUGUUCCCAACCGUUAAAUGCCUGUCCCCUGAGGAAACUCAAGAACAUCUACAGCAGGAAGGACCAUCUGACAAAGAGUAUCAGCUAAUGGAUGACUCAGAAUUUGGUAGCGAAGCUUUUCAACGCACAUAUCAGUACUUUAAAAGAUACAGAAAUGACAAACUUGAGAGCUUCUCUUUCAAACCUGGAUCUGCUGAAGAUUCACCAAAGGAAUGGUUAGAAUGUCUUUUAAAGUUUUGUGACAUCAAAAAUCCAUCUUGGGGAGAGCUGAGAAAUUUCACACAUUUUCUGAGCAGCCAGUUGAAGAAGUGUGAACAGUCAGUUUUCUGUAGCGAUGUUUUAAAAGAUGAUCUGAGAGGCUUCAAAAAAUUUGUGGUAAAAUUCAUGAUCACAAUGUCUAAAGACUUCUCUAUGCGGUCACUGAGAACAUCUGAUGACAGUGAUGAGAAAGAAACAGAUGCGACAGGAGAGGACACUGUUCUCAAAGAGUUUCAGCUCAGAAGACGUUGGGAACAACAGGCUCAUCCGUACAUCUUGUUCAAUGCUGAUCAUGACUCCAUGACAUUUUUAGGAUUCCACAUUCACAACCUAGAUGCUCUUGACGUUCGAACAAAUACCAUAGUGGAGAAGAACAUAAUUGAUAAGACGCUUUUUGCCCAGUUAAGAGCACAAAAAGUGCCAUUUAACAUUAACUUUGAGACACUGGACCGGUUCGAGCAGCUUGAUAUUAUAAGCAGAGUCCUCGGAGUCAAAAUUGUGGAAGACCCAGAUGAUACAUACCAGCUGACGCUAGAUAAUGUGAUGAAGAUGCUCGCCAUUCACCUCCGAUUUGAGUCUGACAUUCCUGUGAUUAUCAUGGGUGAAACAGGAUGUGGAAAGACUCGGCUCGUGCAGUUCAUGUGUGAUCUGUUGAGAUCAGGGAAGCAAAGACAAAACCUGAUUGUGGUGCGGGUGCAUGGUGGAACAACAUCAGAAGUUAUUUACAGUAAAGUGAGAGAGGCUGUAAAGAUUUCAAAAGAAAAUGAAGUUCAUAAAUUGGACACAGUGCUGUUUUUUGACGAAGCUAACACAACUGAGGCUGUGAAUGCAAUCAAAGAGGUGAUCUGUGACAAGUCUGUCAAUGGAGAAGAAAUUGAUGCACCUUGCCUUAAGGUUAUUGCAGCAUGCAAUCCCUACAGGAAGCACACAAAGGAGGCCAUAGAGCAAUUGGAGCGAGCUGGAUUAGGGUACAGAGUCCGAUGUGAGAAUACAGAGGAGAAACUUGGACAGAUACCAAUGAGGCAGUUAGUGUACAGAGUUCAGCCUUUACCUCCAAGUCUGACACCCCUUGUGUGGGACUUUGGAAAGUUAAACGAGCACACCCAGGAGCUCUACAUCAACCAGAUGGUCAAGACUUUCUUUCGCAAAGAAAAACUUCAUAAUGGGCACCAACCUUUGUUUACAAAGGUAAUCUCUGCCUCUCAGAAGCAUAUGGCAGAGUUAACUGAUGAAUGCAGGAUGGUCAGUCUCAGAGACAUAGAACGCUGCAUGAAAACAGUCAUGUGGUUUUAUCAUCAGAAAGAAACAUUAUUUCCUGAAAUUGACAAAAUAAGAGGGAAGAAAGGAAAUGUUGACGAUCUAGUUCUGUCUCUCAUUCUUGCAGUAGGAGUCUGCUACUUAGCAUCACUGGAGAACCGAGAUGCAUAUUUGGAAAAAGUUUCAGAAGUUUUCUCUUCAGACAUUGACAUUCGCACAGAGAUUGAGUUUUGCAAAAAAGCAUUCAUUUCAAAUGUUGAGUGUCCACCUUCAGUGGCAAAGAAUGAAGCUCUAAAGGAAAACGUGUUCAUGAUGGUUGUUUGCAUGAAUUUAAGAAUUCCUUUGUUCCUUGUUGGAAAACCUGGAAGCUCAAAGUCUUUGUCUAAAACGAUUGCUGCUCACGCAAUGCAGGGUAAGGCAUCCCAAAAUGACUUAUUCAAAGGCUACAAGCAGGCACAGCUGGCCUCUUUUCAGUGCAGCCCACACUCUUCUCCUGAUGGCAUCAUCUCAAUAUUCCGACAAUGUGCACAGUUCCAAAAAGACAAAAAUCUGGAUGAAUAUGUCUCUGUUGUGGUCCUUGAUGAAAUUGGAUUAGCAGAGGACUCUCCAAAAAUGCCACUGAAAACACUGCAUCCUCUUCUGGAAUAUGGAUGUGUUGAUGACGAAAAUCAAGAUGAUUUCAAGAAAGUUGGAUUUAUUGGAAUUUCCAACUGGUCACUGGACCCAGCAAAAAUGAACCGUGGCAUCUUGGUUCUAAGAACAUCUCCAGUGACAGAAGAGUUGCAAAACACAGCCGGUGACAUUUGUUCAAGUGAUAAAGAAAACGUCAACACUGAAAUUGGGUUUCUGAUUCCCAUGCUUACUAAGUUUUACUUAAGAGUACUUGAGAAACAGACCAGUGAAUUCUUUGGACUCAGGGACUUCUACAGUCUUGUCAAGUUGAUUGUGUCCUAUGCUACAGAGACAAAUGGGAGGCCAUCAGAUGAAGAUCUAACAAGGGCUGUGCAAAGGAAUUUUGAAGGUUUGGAUUCCAUAAAUGUUCUGGAAAUAUUCUGGGAUGUUCUUAAACAGAGAACAGAGAAAUGUGACACAAUCUCAUUGCUGAAAGAAAACCUUGACAUGGGAACAUCAGGUUUUACAUCCAGGUAUCUUCUACUACCAACAGUCAAUCACGCUGCUCUUCAGAUUUUGAGGUCUCAGAAGAUUGUUGAUGAAAGCAACACUGAAGUUAUCUUUGGAUCAGGAUUCCCACGUGAUGAAGAGUACUCUCAGGUUUGCCGCACAGUAAACAGAGUGAAGACAUGCAUGGAGACAGGAAGGCCAGUUGUCCUACUAAAUAUUCAGAGCCUUUAUGAGAGUCUCUAUGAUGCUCUGAAUCAGUGUUAUGUCAAAUUAGGGGGGAGUUACUAUGUUGACCUUGGGCUUGGAUCUCAUCGUGUUAAGUGCAGAGUAAAAGAUGAAUUCCGACUAAUUGUCAUUGAAGAGAAAAGCACAGUGUAUGAGCAGUUCCCUACACCACUGCUGAACCGACUGGAAAAACACUGCUUGGAGAUUAGCAGUAUCCUCCCAAAGCAUGCUAAACAGAUGCAAGCUGAACUGGAAUACUGGCUUGACUCAUUUGUGGCUGAUAUUUCAAAUGAAAUUUACCAGUCCCAAGACCAGUCGUGCAUCUCCAAGAAAAAAUUUGACACCAUCGUAGGAUACACAGAAGAUACAUGUGCAUCAGUGCUUUUACAGUGCUGCCCAGAAAUUGUGUCCCAGGAACUAGAUCAUAACAAGAGAGAAGAAGUCCUUGAAAUGGCCAAGGAAAUGCUUCUUCAGUGUGCAACUCCAGAUGCAGUGUUAAGGGCAACAAAAUACACAGAGAACUCUGAAAAAUUUCUGGAGGUGUAUUUUGCAAAGCAGCCACAUAGCAACCUGAUAGAGAUGUUGAAAACAUACAGACAGACCAUACCUGGAGGAGUGUCUCUUGAGGUAUCCACGUUUUCUCGGCUUCUAAAUAAAAGAGAUGUGGAGCAAAUCAAUAAGGAACUUAACAUUGAUGAAGAUCACUCCUCUCUGUUCUUACUGGAUGAAUUUUACACAGAGCAGUCAUUUUCUCACACAGUAAGUGAAUUUCUCUGUGGUGACGCGAGGGGACGCAAACUCCUGUUACUGCAAACUUACUUUGAUGAUCCGAAAAAAAGUCAGAGACUUCUCUUCUGUGUGAGACACUGCAUUAUUCAACUCAGAAGCUCAGUCAAUGCUGGAGUCACUUUUGAUGUUCUUCUUCUUACAAGAUUGCCAAGGAUUUCAGGAGGAUGUGGCUAUAUCGCUUCAUUUGGAGAUGACUGGAUUUCGCUACACCUGGAUGAACUUAUUUCAACCGCAGGAUUUCCUGGUGAUAUAUAUGAGCUGCAGCGUUUGCGUGUCUCUGAGAUUCUGAAGAAAAGUUCUUCCUCUGGUAAAGAGAAUCAUGACCCAAACAGCUAUGGAACCACAAUAACAGAGGAAAAGCAGGAAAUCCUGGUUGACACACUGUUCCUGAUGAAGAAGUCUUUGCAGAAGGGAAUUUUGCAGCUACAUGACAAAGCAGAUAACACUCACAGAGCAACAAAACGUAUUGAAAUUCUUCACGGUUUGCUGCAUAACAAAUACCCCGUGUCUGACACCUUCAUAAAAUUGCUGGAGGGAAGAAUAAUCAGCCAUCUUUACACCCAAGAAAAAACUGAGAAAAGAGAGAACUGGGUUAUUACUCAGGCUUUGUCUGGCCAUUUUGUUGCUGAAGGUGGCUCCUUUAGACACAUGCUCUGGGUUUAUUUGGAAGACACUGUAGCCUCGGCCCUGGCCCAGAUUCUGGCAGUCAUUGAUGGUGACAACAACUUGGAUAACCUCAUUGAGCAGUCUUCUGAAAAGUCAGAUUUGUGGCUGAAUGUAUUCCAAGAGGAUCAGUGGAAUCUGCUGAAAAUCCCAGUUACUGAAUUUCAAGGCAAGGUGUCUGUCCUGUCAACAAGAGGACAGAAGGACAAGUCAAGGACCUGCUGUUUCCCAUUUAGCUGGGUGUUAAAAGAGAGAUUUGAGCAGAUUUGGUCAAACAUCAUCAAUCUGAAUGGCCCAUCCAUUCGACCUAAUAAGGAAUAUUUGGAGACAUUUGAAGAAUAUAUAACCUGGACUUGGAUUAAAAGCAUCAAAAAAGAACAGGAGCUCUUUGCCAUGUUCUCUGAAGACCUUGUGAACAUCACCAUGCCAGGUUAUCCAUCUGAGCUUAAUAAGUCUUUUUCAGAUACACUCCUCAGACUCACACCACGUCUCUAUCAAGAUUUGACUGGAGAUGAGCCUGACAAUGUCUCUCUGCCCUGGCUGUAUGUCGCUAAUGAAUACAUGCAUGAUAACCAUCAGCUUUUCUACAACUUAUUCCUCCAAAAUAAAGACUUGGUGACUGCAGGGGAAGCAACUGAGGCUCUCCGACAGACAGUUCGGUGCCUUCAACCAAAGGACAGUCUAUUGAAAGACUUUGCCAGCUGCAAAGAGUGGUUACAGAGAGUGAAGUCAUUGUCCAUGACUGUGGACUUGAUCCUGUCAGAGGAUUCUUUGGUGACAAGGCAUGCUGAAAAUGCAGCAGAGCUAACUGCAGAAAUCAGACUAUUAUGGCAAAGUACAUGGAUCGUCUACCUUCUCAUGGAUCAUCUCCUUCAAAACGAGUUAGAGAUGGAGAAAAAACUGCUGACCAUUCUUGUAAGAAACCUCACAUUUACAUGGAAGAAACUGAACACAGAAGAUGGAAAGCAGAUGGAAUACAUGGUAGAACAGGUCACAGGAACACUAAAUAAAUGUAGCAAGAAUGCCUGUAAUGUUUUCAGGGUCCUGUGUGGGUACUGUGAUAAAGAAUUCACAGAGGAUGACACAGCUGAACUACAGUGUGGACAUAUGUUCCAUAUAUCUUGUUUAAAGGACCACAAUGACAUACAUUGCAGGAAAUGCAAAAAGGAAAUAAAAGAUUACAAACCAUGUGGAGUUGUUGACAAGGAAACCUUCCUGAAAGUGAACAGAUUCAGAAGAAAAUGUAACUCAUUUUUUGUGGAAUUUAUGUGGAACUUUGUCAGCAGCAAAGAGCAACUGACUGACAAAGUGGUGAACAUGCUCAUGGACUAUAUGAAAGGAAGCUCAUCUACUGAAGGCACAGUAGCCGAGCUGUCCUCACUGCAGCUCUAUAUGAACCCUGAUCCUGCUGUACAGUCCCUCGUGCUCAAGAUUCUACUGAAAUGCGGAAUGGAGGAAACUGCACCACAGUUGCAGAGAUUCAUUGAAGAAGCUGUGAAAUGUAAUGAGAGAAAUGCUGACGAGCUCUACUUCAUGGUGGUGCGCAGCAUUGAGGAUCAUAUCCAUUCUUCAAAUCAAGGGUGUCUUGUCAAAAAGGCAAAGGAUUUUCUGGCCACCUGUGCGUUCAUCAAGUCAGAUGACGCUAUGAUUUCUGAGGACCUACACACAAUUGCAAAAUUAAGAUUUGCCAUCUCAGUCGCCUCUGACACCAUCAGAACUGCAGUAUCUGAAGAGUUUGCAGUUGAUCCUAAAGGUAAUGAUCUUCUGCGAAGCUUGCAAGAGCUCAUAUCAAACACAGGGAAUCCAUGGAUACAGAUAUUCCUGUUACGGAACCUGUGCAACAUGUAUGGAUUCAGCAUUGUCCAUCACCUUGCUCAGAGUGAAAGAUUUCAGUGGAUAAUACCAAGUGAAGUUUUUAAUGAACAGGACAUGUCUACUGGACAAGUGGAUCAGUUCCUCAUGUAUGGAGAAAUGUACAAGGGAAUUACUGGUGAUGCUGUUAGGGCACUUGAGGAGCCUUCAUAUGAUUUUGCUCAGACUUUGGAUGAGACCUCUGUGUAUUUCCGUGUUUGUAUGGCAUUAGCUGCAGUGAGGCAGGCCACACUAAACAUAUCCUUAAGAGACAAUGAAGGCUCUCUGAUUGCAAAGAUGAAGACAAAGUCAAGAACAGAUGGUAGCUGGAGUGAGUUGGUUAAAAUCUGUGAAAACAUGCUUGGGGAUCAUCUAGCGGACAUUGACCCUGGCCUGUCAAACACUGGUGAUCUGUCUCAGAUUGUUUUCCACACUGCACUGGUGGCUCAGCUGUCAACAGCACCAGAGAUGGAGCUGAUUAAGACUCUGUGCUUCAGCCCAGCAAAUGCCAAGGAUUGCUUUUUCCCAACCAUGCCAAGUUCCGUAAAUGAAAUAAAAGACUGGACUAAGGAUUCAAUUGAUGAAAGUGAAAAUAUGGGUGUGUAGCUGUGGGGAGCCUGUUUUAAUUGGCGAUUGUGGGAGGCCUUAUGUAAAAGGGAAGUGUCUUAACUGUCAGAGCGAAGUUGGUGGAGAGCACCAUAAUCCAGUGGACGGUUUUAAAGCCUUUGAGUA